UCCGCUGACACAGCUACAGUUCGCUCGGUAACUUUAUCUCUUGACUAUUAGGCACCCAGUUUGAAAAUGGCAACAGACGAGCUCUCGUCCAAGCUCAGCCGUCGGCUUCAGAUCGAAGAAGGAGCCGAGGAUCCUGUUGCUGUAGACGUCGUCGGACACCAGAAUGGUUCGGAAGAGAAACCGAGUACGGCCAACGCAGACUCGGAGCUGGGUGCUAAACUGACGCGGCGAGGAGAGCUGAACGAGGGGCUCGGUGAGCAAUUCCAGCCCAGCAUGAAGGUCUUCAACCCGUACACCGAGUUCAAAGAAUUCUCCCGGAACCAGAUAAAGGACAUGGAAAAGCUGUUCAAAACGUAUGAUGCUGGGAAAGACAACUAUAUUGACCUGAUGGAGCUGAAGCUGAUGAUGGAGAAGCUCGGAGCUCCACAGACACACAUUGGUUUGAAGAACAUGAUCAAGGAGGUGGAUGAGGACCUGGACAACAAGUUGAGCUUCAGAGAGUUCCUACUCAUCUUUAGGAAGGCAGCAGCAGGAGAGCUGGCAGAGGACAGCGGCCUCAGUGUCCUCGCUCGCCUCUCUGAAAUCGAUGUCUCCACAGAGGGGGUCAAAGGAGCCAAGACCUUCUUUGAAGCCAAGGUCCAGGCCAUCAGUGAGACCAACCGUUUUGAGGCAGAGAUCCGCCAGGAGCAGGAGGCCAAGAAGAAGCAGGCCGAGGAGCAGAAACAGAGACGCACUGCUUUCAAAGACCUGCAGUCAGCCUUCAAGUGAGCGUAUUUCUCUCCUCCCAGGACCUGUCACCCUCUGUGCUGCACCAAUGCUGCCAAUUUGUAAAUCUGUGUGUUUGAAUGUUCCAUGUUUGGCAGAUAGUGUUAGUCCCAAGUCAAACAGAGGCACAAAGUCCCACACAUGCUGGUCACUCGUCUACGAUAUAAUGGACUGGGUACAUCAUGAAAAAUCAGCGCUGCUUAUUGAUUCAUCUGCCUAUACUUGGCCGUUCAUUUAGCUUGGUAGCUCAGUAACAUUCUCAAACAUUGACAUUACAUGUUCAAUUUCUAGAUAAGUUUAGGCGCAACUUCAGCCGGAUUGUCGGUAUAGCAGUUUGCACUGAGCUAAAUGAUUUCAAUGGCUGUAACUCAUCACUGUGUUCUUGACAUCAGAGAGACACUUUUACCCUAAUGUCUACUCUGUGGCACUCCACAGUGUUGACACAGAGGUCUCCAGCAAAAAAAGGGUUGAAAUGAUUGUUGGCGGAUAAUUUUCCAAAGUAUAGAAAUCAUACCAUAGUAUAAUAAAAAAAGUGUUUUGGUGUCUAAUAAACCUUCAAACUUAUGGGUGUGUAACUCCAGACAGCCUUCCUAAAUCAUAUAAAAUUGUCUCACCUGUAGCUGAUACAAAAGGCAAACACCAAGCCACAGCCAAAUAGUGUGGACAGUUUUCAGUUUGGCACAAAUCUGUAAACUGUGGCUAAAAUCACUUAGUGUCCACUUCUUAAUAUUAAUGUAGACUAGUAAUGAGAGCACUUGUUCCACUGCUUUGACCCUGUAUGUCUGCUUGUUUGAGCUUUAUUUGACACUUUGUAGACAUGCAAGCCAUCUUUCACACAAAAUUAAGUUAGUUUUCAAUAUUAAACAAAAAGCUGAGCUCUACAUUUUCACCGUCAACUCUGUAUUGUUGUACAAUGGGGUCUGGUGGGUAUUGAGUAUAUUCUGUUAUCUGGUUUGCAUUGGUUGUGGUGUUGGUCAUUCUGAAGCACAAAUAUGUAGUUUUUGUUGCUGUUUUUUUAAACGUUCUUUAAUUUCUGGGUCCAGCCAUUACUCUUAUCCUCUCAGCUCUGCUAACAUUUUAUUCACAUACUUCAGUGCUGAGAUCUGGGGGCUGAGAUCUGGGGAUUUAGUGACUUUGCACCGACCACAUGAGCCAUCAGACAGUUUGAAACUAUCAAAAUCAUGUAAAUCAAAAGGAGAAUAACUUUAUUUAUUUUGAUUUGUUAUCAAGCACACAUACAAACAUUAAAUACAAAUAACAUGAAAUAAAUAAAAAUUUGCUACAUGUAAGGGUGUGGUAGAUAACUAUAACAGCUUAUAAUAUCAUCUAAAUCAAGACAUAGUAGAUUUAACUUUGAUUUAACAUAGUAGAUUCAAAAUGUUCUUCCUGUCUUUAAAACACAAAGAUCCUGAUGAUUGUUUGGUGGAUUAGCUCAUGGAUGAACAAUAUCAACCCUAAGUAAUUAAGAUGUUACUACAGUAUUACCCUUCAGAUAAGUAAUAUACGAUAAUAGAUUAAAAAAAAACAGCAACUCAACCUCAACUUUAUCCAUAAUUAUUCCUUUUCUGACAUUGAAUCCCAAAUGUUUCCUUAUAGUACUUCUUCCAUGUUUUGGUGUUAUGAUUCCUUGUUCAGUUUGGCUCAGUUACUGACUGGGCGAGAAUGACAGUGCCUUUUUUUUGAUGGCAGUCUCCAUCUUGGUAGUGACCACAGUAAUCUAAAAAAUGGGUGAAGAAGUGGAUGUUGCUGUGAAUAAAGCCAGGUUGCUUAAACAAGCCCAUCUAGUUUGGAAGCUACCAACUAGCUUAGGCUAAGUUGGCUAACAAGCUAGGCAAUCUGCUACUGUGUACUAGCAGGCCCACGUUAACCCUGUGGUCUCAUGCCCCCCAGUUGUCAGUUGGUCCCUUUGCUAACAUAUAAAUAAGAUAUUACUAAGGUUAAAAAAUUUCAAUCACCAGAAAAACUGGAGCAUCGAUCAAUCAAUUGUAUUGUCAAAUGAAAUAAUACAAGGUAGCGUUACAUCUUCAGCAAUCCCUUCAGCUCCUUUUUUUGUCAAGUUUCAGGGACAUUACAGUUACAGACUACUAAUAAUAACAGCAGCAAUGAAUAUAGUAGAAUUAUAAUAAAGAUAUAGGUAAUAGUAAUGAGUAAUAUUAAUAAUGGUAGUAGAAGUGGGUGUCAACAGGGCCAUGCAGGAGGCACGACCACGGUCCAGAUAUAACCUCGAUUCAUGGAAACCCGGAGGCAAGAAAGCACAAGGACUCCAGGGAAGAUGCAAAGUCAGUAAUACUAGGUAGUCCCCCGGCAGUUUAGGCCUAUAGCAGCAUAUCUAAGGGCUAGAUUACAUCAAACCUGAGCCUGCCCUAACUAUAAGUUAUCAAAAAGGAAAGUCUUAAGCCUGCUCUUAAAAGUGGUGAGUGUGUCUGCCCCCCCGACUGGAAACUUGGAAGUUGGUUCCACAGAAAAGGAGCUUUGGCUCCCAUCCUACUCUUUGAUACUCUAGGAACCACAAGUAUCCCUGCAUUCAGGAAGCGCAGCUCUCUAGUUGGGAAAUAUGGAACUAUAAAUAUAAACUAUAAGACAGUAAGCCAAUUAGACCUUUGUUGGUGAGAAGGAUUUUAAAUUCUAUUCUUGAUUUAACAGGGAGCCAGUGCAGAGAAGCUAAUACAGGACUAAUAUGAUCUCUUUUCUUAGUUUUUGUUAGAACACGUGCUGCAGCAUUCUGGAUCAACUGGAGAGAUUUAAGAGACUUAUUAGAGCAGCCUGAUAAUAAGGAAUUGCAGUAAUCUAGUCUAGAGGUAACAAAUGCAUGAACUAGUUUUUAUACAUCACUUUGAGACAGGAUUUGCCUGAUUUUUAAAAUGUUACGUAAGUGAAAAAAGGCUGUCCUUGAAAUUUGAAUGACUUUGGUUUUCAUCGAGCUUUCAUUGUUUACAUAUACAAACUGAGAUUGGUCAGAUAAAUACGACUUAAACCAAGUGCGGUUCCUUUAAUGCCAAUUAGAUGCUCCAGUCUCUGUAAUAAGAUUUGAUGGUCAAUGGUGUUCAAUGCAGCACUAAGGUCCUAAGUCCUUUAUCUGAUGCAAUUAGAAGGUCAUUGGUAAUUUUCACCAGUGCUGUGUCCGUGCUAUAAUGUUCUCUAAAUCCUGACUGAAAAUCCUCAAAUAUACUAUUGUUAUGUAGAAAGUCACACAGCUGAUUUACGACUGCUUUCUCGAGGAUCUUAGAGAAGAAGGGAAGGUGGGUCUAUAGUAAUAGGUCUAUAGUUAACCAACACCUGUGGAUCAAGAGUGGGUUUAAUUGCAGCUACUUUGAAGGACCGUGGUGCAUGGCCUGUUAGUUAAGACAGAUUGUCUAGAAUAUCUAGUAAGGAGGUGCUGAAGAGAAAUGCUGCUCUGGCAUUACGGAGGGCCUUAUCAUAUAUUUUAAGACCAUCUCGCCAGACUAACCGCGAUUCUUCCAAAUUGGUGGAACGCUAUAUCCUUUCAAGUUUUCGUAUUCCAUAAAUGUUUGCUCUGGAGCCAUUUUGUAAUAUUCAAGAAACUUUUGGUUAGAACUGUGUCCAACAAUAUGUAAGCUCCCAUAGUGUUGAGUAUUGUCAUAGUAUUUUUACGGCACAUGCCAAAACUUCACUGCACAAUAGGCCUUUAAGGGCUUUAAACCAUUCAGUACAACCCUAACACAAUUAUGAAAUUAAUGACUUCUGAGGGAAAUGUCUUGCAGGAUGUCCUCACUUCGCCCUCAUUUCAUGGACAUUUCCCACUGACCAAUAGUUGUCUCUCAUCUUGGUGUUGGAGUUUGAUUUAAUCAUAAUAGAUUACUUCUAUAAAUUAUAUCUAAAUGUUUGAGUAUACCUAAAUGUUUGAAACGUACAUGACAUAUGCAUACUGAAAUUAGUGUGAAUAUAAAGAGGUUUGAAUGGUUUAAGAUAUAACCUGUUUGACUUAUUUAACCUAUUUUUACUUAUACUUUUUUAACUCACAGCCUUGCAACCUGAAGAGAAUGCAAGUCACUGUAGGCAUUAAACAAGACAGAAAGAUGUUAUUUAAGUAAAGGUGGUUGAACGAGGGAAAACUUGGCGCACCUGCAGAUCAAAAGAAACGGAGAAGAGCUUGAAGAUCAAAAAGGCAGUGACACUAUAUAAGACUGUGUCAAGGACAGAAUAAAUCAGUUCAUUCUCCGAGGAGUCAACUCGGGUUGAAUUCUUUGUUUGUAGAGUGAACUUUGUUGCAUCGAACUCUGUCUGUUUCUAGUGCUUCUUCGAUCAUCAUCGGGACUCCAAUAGGUAUUUAGUAUAGAAUAAGUAAAGAGUUGGAGCAGUAAUUUAGGCUUCAUCAACGGGCCCAGUCCGAACAUCUGUUACCAGACAUUGGGCUGGCAGAUCAGAAGUUUUUUUCCUCCCCCUCCACCUGUUUCCUUCUUUUUCUUCUGGUCUGUUAUUCUUUUUUUUCAUCAACUUUAAUGUCAAACCUUUUAAUUUAUUAACCUUAGCCACAGUCCACAAAGCUCAAGCUUUUUAUUUUUUGAUCAUCAUCAACCCCGUGGAAACUCUUAGGAAAGUCUGCCUUUUCUGCCAUCCACCUCUGGCACUAUUGUCUAAAGUUCUUCAGUAGAUGUUUUUUUUUUUCAAUGCUUCUCUUUUAAAACAACUUCCUACUUUCUCCAUGACAAACCUCUAGGCAAUAAUGUUUCAUUAUUUAGAGAAAUAUGGGAGUGGCAGUAUGUUGUUUAUGCUUUUGAAAUUUCCUCAAAGUUCAUUUUUGGUUGUUGAAUUCCUUAUUGGGUUUUGCAACUUCAUCAGUGCACUGGGACAAUAUAUGGGCAUUCCAGGGUUUGGUUAGGGUCAGGGUUCAAACAGUCCUUGUGGAAAGUGAAGGCUGGUCAGUGAGUAGAUGUGAGUUGGGGUUUUGUCAGAUCUAUCAUAUGUUUUUCCUGCAGUGUAUUAAAACCACAAUUGCGCUAAAUUUGUUUCAGUUUUAACCGCCUCUACAGAGAUCUGUUCAAAAAAACUUUGUCAUUUCCUCCUGAAACGACACUGCUAGCAAUAAUAUUGGGAUUUUUGUGCUGACCUGUGCAACGUUAUAUUCGGUUCUGAUUUCUCCAAUUUCCUAAAUAUUCCAAAGAAAAACCAUUACUUUUGUUAUGAAAAAAAAAUGAAUGAGCCCUAAUAGAAAUCUCCCUUGGUGUUUUCCUGGUGGUUCUGUAUUGAUCAUAUCCAGGACUAUGCUAUCACUGUAUGUAGUGGAUGAGUAACAGAAAACAAAAGUUUCAUUGAUUUGAAAUGAAAUUCCUUUAAACAUGACCAAAUUAGUGAUGGAGAAUAGAGACUCAUGUACACAUAGAGGAGUCCAUACAUUGUUAUCUCUCUACUGAAUUCUCCUCCCACUUCAUUCCUUCAUGUCCUUAUUGUUACCAGAAAAAGGGCCAAAUGUUUAAACUACUGUCAUAAUGGCCAGUCCAGUUGAGCUUCACUCAACUGUGAAGGGAAAUGAUAUGGACAUUGUCAUUUAGAGACCCGGUGACCACUGUAAGCAUUUGCUUUUCAUUGUUAUUGGCACAGCAUUCCAUUGUACUGCUUUCACAAACCUUCUAGACUAAAGUCCAUCAGUGAUAUGGAUUCAUUUUUCUGCUGUUAUUCUCCGUCUUUGCCACUGAGAGACACGUUUCCAGUUGAUCUGAGAAUUGCUACCAAAGUUAAUGACUAAACUUUACAUUUUAUUGUGUUGAAUGUGAAAACUUUUAAAUUGAGAUGAGAGGGUAUUUUAGUUAUGACUAUCAGGGAAGGUAUUUUUAAUAAUAUAAAAGCUUUUGCUUCUAUGGUUUCAUUUUAUUUAUCCUUGUUUUAUGUUAGUAUGUAAAACUGUACUGUGCUGUAUGCUGAUAAGAAAUGAGAAAACUGUAACACACAAUUUUGAUUACCUAUAACUACUUAAUAAAAUCUUUU